AUGAUAAAGAAAUGGUGGCGACAGCCUUCUUACUUGACGCCAUUUGGUUACCGGCACCCGCCCAUGUGGAGCAAGAAGGACUAUGCUCUGGCAUGCACUGAGAUGAAACUCUCCAAGAUCGAGGCGAACAUGAUCAAGGAUCUCAAGGAUCGGGGCAUGACCAUCGAGGAGAUCCGGGGGCGUGCGAGUGCUUUCGAGUUCAUUGAGCACAGCAAGCUCCCAAAGCUCACGCCGAAGCUUACGUUCUUGUUCCAGGUGCCAGGGCCCGUGGCGUAG